AGGGGGGCUUAUAUAGCGAGCCCUGAGGAGACAGUUUCCCCCGGACUUGUCCCCUCUCUCUUUCCCGCUGUUGCUCGCCCGCCUCUAGGUGGGGGGGAAAUCCUUCUCCCAGCGAAGGCUUGUGGGUAACGAGGAGGAAGCCAUCGCUGUAGUACCGUAGUAAUCGUGUAGCAGCAACCGCCGCCAAAUAAGCUUGUAAUUGCAAAGACAGGCGGUGGGGGAGAAGGAGGAGGAGGAGGAGGCAACAGCAGCUUCAAUCCCUCGUUCGGCCGACGAAGCGGCAACUGGCAGAGGUCAGCGCGGGGCAGCCCGCUCCCUUGAGAGAAACGCCUCCAGAGAGAGGGAGAUAUACACACACAUAUACACACACAGAGAGAGAGACCCAGCGAGGCGGGCCCAGCCGCCCUCCCUCCCAUCCCUCCAGCCACAGAGGAAGAGGAGGAGGAGGGAGGAAGUCGGGCGCCGCCGCCGCCGCUGCUACUUUCCCUCCCUUGUCUUCACCCCGGCGGGUAGCGAAUAACCGACCUGGUGGUGCAAAAUGGCCGAGGCAGCGUGGGGGGGCCGGUCGUAACUUGCCUUCCUUUCCCGCCUGCCUCGUCGCUGCAGAAGAAGAGCCCGAGGAGAAAACAGGAAGGCCGCGGCGGGGCUUCCCUUUCCCCUUCUCCUUCCAGGCGCCCACCUUCUCCCUUUCUGGGUUGUUCAUGCCUGGGAAGCGGGCGGGUGGAGCAGCGGCAUCAGUGCCCGCCCCAAUCGGGAGGCGAGGAGGUGGUGGAGGAGGUCGUCCGCUUGCCCAUCUCUGGCUGCUCCUCCGGAGAGAGGCCUGGCUGGGUGAGGUCGGGACAGAGCCCCGUUUUUCUCCGCCCGGCGGAUCCUUUGCUUCCUUCUUCACCCCAAACUCGGCAGGCCCCGAAGCGGAGAGCAAUCGGCGGGGCUGGAGACGGCAGAGAGUCUCCGCCCGUUCCUACCGCCUCCUCCUCCUCCGUUUCCAAUCAAGCGACGGUCUCCGGCUCUGCUUUGGCGCCCGACAACCCAGAGGGACAAAAAGGCGGUGAGACACCCGCCGCGGACGUGAAAAUGAACCACCAGCAACCGCGACAGGCAACGAAAAUGUCUGCCUCCCCGCCGCCGGUAUCCGGGGAAGGGCAUUUGGCGAGCCGGCAGAGGAAGUUGGAGUCCAUGAUCCGGGACCCCAGAUCUCCGGUCAAUGUGGAAAGUUUGUUGGAUGGUUUAAAGUCCUUAGUCCUUGAUCUGGAUUAUCCAGCACUGAGGAAGAACAAAAACAUAGAUAAUUUCCUUAACAGAUAUGAAAAAAUUGUACAAAAAAUGCGUGAUCUUCAAAUGAAAGUAGAAGAUUAUGAUGUUGUUAAAGUGAUUGGAAGAGGUGCAUUUGGUGAAGUACAGCUGGUUCGCCAUAAAACAACGCAGAAAGUAUAUGCCAUGAAGCUGCUUAGUAAAUUUGAGAUGUUAAAAAGGUCAGAUUCAGCUUUCUUCUGGGAAGAGAGAGAUAUAAUGGCUUUUGCUAAUAGUCCAUGGGUAGUUCAGCUUUUUAGUGCCUUUCAAGAUGACAGAUACCUAUACAUGGUAAUGGAAUACAUGCCAGGUGGUGAUCUUGUCAACCUCAUGAGCAAUUAUGAUGUGCCUGAGAAGUGGGCCAAAUUUUACACAGCUGAAGUGGUCCUUGCUCUCGAUGCAAUUCAUUCCAUGGGCUUGAUACACAGAGAUGUGAAACCUGAUAAUAUGCUUUUGGAUAAAUACGGACAUCUGAAGCUAGCAGAUUUUGGUACUUGUAUGAAAAUGGAUGAGACUGGCAUGGUGCGUUGUGAUACAGCUGUUGGAACACCAGAUUAUAUAUCACCUGAAGUAUUAAAAUCACAAGGUGGUGAUGGAUACUAUGGACGGGAAUGUGAUUGGUGGUCUGUUGGAGUUUUUCUGUUUGAAAUGCUUGUUGGAGAUACUCCGUUUUAUGCUGAUUCAUUGGUAGGAACAUACAGUAAAAUAAUGGAUCACAAGAACUCAUUGCAUUUCCCAGAAGAUGUAGAAAUUUCAAGGCAGGCAAAGGAUAUUAUCUGUGCUUUUUUAACAGACAGGGAUGUGCGGCUAGGGAGAAAUGGAGUUGAAGAAAUUAAAUCUCAUCUAUUCUUUAAGAAUGAUCAAUGGGACUGGAAUAACAUUCGAGACACUGCUGCACCUGUUGUACCCGAACUGAGUAGUGAUAUAGAUAGCAGUAAUUUUGAUGAUAUUGAAGAUGACAAAGGAGAGGGUGAAACCUUUCCAGUCCCAAAAGCAUUUGUUGGAAACCAACUGUCUUUCAUUGGAUUUACUUACUUUCGAGAGAACCUGUUGCUAAGUGACUUUCCUGAGCUCAGUAAGAAAGUUGAACCCUGUCAGAACAAUGGGACAAAGAAAAAUGAACUUAGGAAAAAUGAGGAUGGUGAAGAGCUUAUACAAUUUCAGGAAAAAAUAAACAAAUUAGAAGAUCAGCUCCGUAAUGAAAUACAAACCAAAGAUGACCUCGAGCAAAAAUACAGAGCUAUCAACAGUCGCCUAGAGAAAAUAAUGAAGGAAUUGGAUGAGGAGACAUCUUCAAGGAAACAUCUAGAAUCUUCUUUCAGACAGCUGGAAAGGGAAAAGGCUCUUCUACAGCAUAAGAAUGCAGAGUACCAGCGGAAGGCAGAACACGAAGCAGAUAGAAAACGCAAUCUAGAAAACGAUGUGAACAGUUUAAAGGAUCAACUUGAGGAUAUGAAAAAGAGGAAUCAAAACUCCCAAAUAUCAAAUGAAAAAAUUACUCAGCUACAAAGACAGCUGGAUGAAGCCAAUGCCUUGCUGCGCACGGAGUCUGAUACAUCAGCCAGGUUGAGAAAGAACCAAACAGAAAGUACAAAGCAAAUUCAGCAGCUAGAAGCUAACAACAGAGACCUGCAGGAUAAAAACUGUGCCUUAGAGAAUACAAAGCUCCGACUGGAGAAGGAAUUUCUGAAUCUGCAGUCAGCUCUAGAAUCUGAAAGAAGAGAUCGGACUCAUGGGUCAGAAAUCAUCCACGAUCUACAGGGUCGAGUGCUUAAUUUGGAAGAAGAAGUCAAAAAUGGGAAGAAUACAUUAGCUAAAGUGGAGGCAGAGAAAAGACAAUUACAGGACAAAUUGACGGAUCUGGAAAAGGAGAAGAGCAACAUGGAAAUAGAUAUGACUUACAAACUUAAAGUCAUACAACAAAACUUGGAGCAGGAAGAGGUUGAACAUAAAGCAACAAAAGCCCGACUAGCAGACAAAAACAAAAUAUAUAAAUCGAUUGAAGAAGCUAAGUCUGAAGCUAUGAAAGAAAUGGAAAAGAAACUUUCAGAAGAAAGAACUACCAAGCAAAAAGUAGAAAACUGUUUACUGGAGGUUGAAAAGCAGUGUUCUAUGUUGGACUGUGAUCUGAAGCAAUCCCAGCAGAAAAUAAAUGAGCUCCUUAAGCAAAAAGAUAAACUAAGUGAAGAUGUGGAAAACCUGACACUAAAAAUUGAACAAGAAACGCAAAAGCGCUGCCUCAUCCAAAAUGAUUUCAAAAUGCAAACCCAGCAGUUGAAUGCACUGAAGAUGUCAGAGAAGCAGCUAAAACAAGAGAAUAACCAUCUUAUUGAAAUUAAACUAAGCCUAGAAAAGCAAAACAAUGAGCUACGCAAAGAGCGUCAAGAUGCAGACGGACAGAUGAAAGAAAUUCAAGACCAACUUGAAGCGGAACAAUAUUUUUCGACACUGUAUAAAACACAAGUUCGGGAACUUAAAGAAGAAUGUGAAGAAAAGGCCAAACUUUGUAAAGAAAUACAGCAAAAGAUACAAGAGUUACAAGAAGAGAGAGAUUCAUUGGCAGCGCAACUGGAGAUCACAUUAACAAAGGCUGACUCUGAACAGUUGGCUCGCUCUAUUGCUGAGGAACAGUAUUCUGAUCUGGAAAAAGAGAAGAUCAUGAAAGAACUGGAGAUCAAAGAAAUGAUGGCAAGGCACAAACAGGAGCUUGGUGAAAAAGAUGCCACGAUAGCAUCAUUGGAAGAAGCAAAUAGAACUUUGACUAGUGAUGUGGCAAACCUUGCAAAUGAAAAGGAAGAGCUGAAUAACAAACUGAAGGAAAUUCAAGAAAGGCUUGCCCAUCUGAAUGAAGAAGAAAAUGAUCUUGGAUUGCUAAGGACUCAGUUUGAAAAACAGCUGGCUUAUGAGAGAACAAUGAAAACACAGGCUGUGAAUAAGUUAGCAGAAGUUAUGAAUCGAAAAAAUCCCAUCCAACGAGGAGCUGACACAGAUGUCCGAAGAAAAGAAAAGGAGAACAGGAAACUGCAUAUGGAGUUGAAAACCGAACGGGAAAAAUUAACUCAGAUGAUGAUUAAAUAUCAGAAAGAAAUCAAUGAAAUGCAAGCUCAAAUAGCAGAAGAGAGCCAGAUACGAAUCGAACUACAAAUGGCUCUGGACAGCAAAGAUAGCGACAUAGAACAGCUUCGGUGUCAACUCCAAACAAUACAUAUUGGCUUAGACAACAGCAGUAUAUGUGGCCCUGGUGAAACAGAAACGGAUGAUAGUUUCCCUGUUCGUAUCACUCAGUCCCACACUUCAGAAUCUCUGUCUCUUACCUAUCAACGCUCUUCCACCUCUGUCAGUAUUGCUACUAAACCUUCCAGCUCUUGUGUGUUUCUCAAUUCUGAUUCUGACUCUGAGGAAGAACCAGUGUCUUCUGCACAACCCCCUUCAGAACCUGAUGAUCCAGAGUCACGACUUGAAGGAUGGCUAUCAUUGCCUGCUAGAAACAACACAAAGAAAUUUGGUUGGGUAAAAAAGUAUAUAAUAGUCAGCAGCAAGAAGAUUCUAUUCUAUCAUAAUGAACAAGAUAAGGAACAGUCCAAUCCAUACAUGGUACUGGACAUAGACAAACUCUUCCAUGUUCGACCUGUCACACAAACGGAUGUGUACAGAGCAGAUUCUAAAGAUAUUCCCAGGAUUUUUCAGAUCCUCUACGAUAAUGAAGGAGAAAGUAAAAAAGAACAAGAGUUUCCUGCAGAGACAUCAGGGGAAAAAUCAAAUUAUAUUUGCCACAAGGGACAUGAGUUUAUACCUACCCUGUAUCAUUUUCCAACCAACUGUGAAGCUUGCAUGAAGCCUUUGUGGAACAUGUUCAAACCUCCUCCUGCUCUUGAAUGUCGCCGUUGUCAUAUCAAAUGCCAUAAAGAUCACAUGGAUAAAAAAGAAGAAAUAAUAGCACCUUGCAAAGUGAAUUAUGAUAUUUCAACUGCAAAGAAUCUAUUGCUGUUAGCUACUUCUACAGAGGAACAGCAAAAGUGGGUGAGCCGCCUAGGAAAAAAAAUUCCCAAAAAGCCUCCAGCACCAGAUCCUUUUGCACGAUCUUCACCCAGAACUUCCAUGAAGAUCCAGCCCAGCCAGUCUCUCAGGAGGCCAAGCAAACAGCUUCCACCAAAUAAAAAAGAAAGCUUUCCCCCAAGAUUGAUUGAUAUGGCAUGUAGAGACUGGGAUUGGUCAUUUGAUGAUAUUGAUUUUGAUGUUGAUUUUAAUAUUGAUGAUGCUGAGGACGAUCUUGAUGAUAGCGAUGAUGAUAACAAUGUGUUUAUUCUAAAGAGCUAACUGCCUUCUGGGAAUGCAGUUUUCAAGGUGAUCUUCAUCCCUCUGAAAUAAGACUGAAACAUCGUACCUUGAGUUAUGACUGCUGUUGGCACCAGGCAGCCCAAGAGCCUUGGGAAGCAGAAGGAGACGCAGGAAAGGAGUGGGGGGGAUAUGCUGCAGGUGGGGGGGUGGGAGGCCCAGUGCAGGAGUCAGUUGAGUAGGGGAUGGUGGUGGAGUGCAUGUGGUUAGAGGAAGGCCGUGAAAAGAGGCACAGGCUGCAUGCAAUCACAGGGAGGCCAAGGAAAGGUGCACCCUGCGCCCAUUUUCUAAGGCUUCCCUGAGCUUGUAUACGUGCACACGCACAUACACACAGACUUCCUAUGCCCUGUUUCCAUGGCCUCCUUCCCUGUGAUUGCAUAUAACUUGCACCCUCAUUCCCUGGCCUUCUGAACUUGCCCCACACAGAGCACCCCUUCCCCAACUCACACGUGGCCUACUCCGGGUUACCUAGGGCUUUCCCACUACAGCACCCCCCCUGCGCUCCUUACCUGGGACUCCCACUGCUUCCCACUUAAUGACCUGAAGGCUGCGUUUUGGGCUAUCUACUGCUAGGGACAACCAGGACUUGGUGAUUGUGGUCGCCAAGCAAUCAUGUGGCAUUGUGCUUUACCACAACUCACAACUCCCCCCCCGCCCAAUUGCAGUCGUAACUCGAUGACUACUUAGACUACAAAGAUUCUCCUGUAUCACCAAAUAUGAAGAAAUCCCUUUUACCACCGCUACUGCGCUGCCCCGCACCCUCCCCCGUGCCUCCAGCACUGCCUGGCAUCCCCCUUCCUUCUGGAGGUCAAAGCAAGGAAGAGACUUCCAUCAGUUGGAAUGCCCUCCGUGCGAGCUGUGGGCCUUGGCCUUCUCUGAUCACCGUGCCCUGCAAGCUUCUGCCCUCAAGGCCUGGAAUGGUGAGGAAAGAAAACCUCAAGAACGCCCAGGAGGAAGACGUGAAGUGUGUGCUUUGGACAGAGGCCUUGCCUGCCAAGGUCAGUAUAUUCCAUCUGGCCAAACAGGAGCAGCGGCCAGGUCUUUUGUUUCCAAUUACGCUUAAUAAAAAUCAGAGCUUUGGUUUUAUUAUCUGCUCUCUUUUGUUGCUAUAUUGUGCCUGAGCUACUGUGAUGUUUGCUGUCUGUUCUUCACAUGUCCUGUUCCCCCCCCCCUCUCCCUCCGUUCACCUGUCCCUUGUGCCGCCGGCUUCUCUCAAAAGAAAAAAGAUACAAAUCUGGCUUCCGCGAAAAAUCUAGAAGUCCCGGCUUACUCUUUCCUCCAGUGUGUCUCCAUUACCAUCUUUGUACGUGAAAACCAGCUUCUUCAGGUGAACGAAACUCCUAGUCUGCAGCCAAAACAACAAAAUGUCUCCAGAGCAAGAACACCUCACUCGCAGACCUCUUAAAAUAAAUAUAUAUUUAAACAUUGGGGGGGGGGGGGAGAGAUUCUCUUGAAGCUCUUUCCACAAAGACUCGACAGGGAUCAAAAUGACGAGGAGUCAUGAAGAAUAUCUAUCCUUGUUCAGCCUCUGGAGAGAAACGCUACCAGCAACUUUGCCAAAAGAAAGCAAAUGAGUGGCAGGUUCAUAUCAGAUUGAUGAAGACUGCAUCUUAAAAAGUGACCAUUAUACUGUGUGUUGUAUGUAUUUUGGUGUUUAAAUAAAUACAUUGUAUUGUAAUGCUGCAAAAGUGGUUUUUUAAUUUUUUCCCCCCAUUUUAUUUUUAUACAUUUAUUCAUAUUCCAUUAAUGCAGUUUGCAACUAUGCACUUGUAUAAAGCCAUAAUGUUGACAUUUAUAUCAUUCAUACUUGUUUAUUCAGCAUGUCUGCACUCAGCAGUUAAAUAUAAUGAAAAGUCCCAGGUAUGUACUUAUUACCUAACAAGCAGUCCCAAGUCUUGUUUUAUCAGUUGUGAAUGCCUUAAAUUAAUUUUGUUCCCUUAAAUUUUAUGCUCAUUGCUGAUAUUUAAGAGAUAAAAGAAUGCAGAGGUUUACCAGCUCUUAAAUGCAAUUUUGCUUUGUUGCAGAAUAAUAGUGCACUAUGUUUACAUGUUUAUAUCAAUGUCAGUCUAUAUGAAUGUGUACCUAAUAGGUUUGAGAGGGGAGGGGGUGGGUGGGAUCAGCUAAACAUGGCUUCCAGAAACAAUGAACUGGUAGUAUUAGAACUAAUAUAUAACUUUCAUGCAUAGGUAUUUUGAAAUCAGUUCUUUGUUCAAUUCUCAGUAUUAGUCACAAACUUUGUAUUCUUACUAAGUGCUAUGAUUUUCACUUUUUUUGCAUACUAUCCUAGCGGUGUGUUU